AUGUCGAAGACGGGGGGAGAGUGCCACGUAGACCCAGGACGCAAGACUGGCACGGCGACAGCAGGUGCGCCCGACGAGGGCGGCCAGCGCUCCGCACAGGCAUCGACGGACAGGGGCAUCCAGGUGCACCACGGGGAAAGGGACGAGGAGGACGACGACAAGGACGAGGAGGAGGGAGUGCAAGAGGGCGAGAGAGAGCGAGAGAGCGAGAGAGAGAGAGCACCUCGAGUACCCUACAGCGUGACCAGCACUGUGCGCAGAGGCGGCGCCAGCAUGCCCUCGGUGUCUGCUUUCCUUUGCUGGGAGGAGACGCCCGCGCGCACUCGGUGGAACUUGCGCAGGAUGUGGCGGCGCUGCGUCCGCGAGAUCUUAUGGGACCCAGAUUCGGCUGAAUUGAGCUCGAACUUUCCAUGCUGCGAUGAGCUUGAUUGAGCCCGCGUGUCAUCAUACACGUUUAUGUGCUCCAGCCCGGGAGGUGGGCGCAAAACCACCCGGGGCAUCAGAACUCCGAGCUGCUCCUGCAUCUGCAUCGCGCGACGCUCUGUGCGGGCACCCGUACCUCUGACUGAUACAGCUUUCGCCGGACUGGCUUGAACCAGAAUGACUUUGGAGCC